AUGGAUGAAAUGAAGGAAACCCAAACUCUUAAUUUACCAAAAACGUUAACCAUAAAAUGGUUAAAAGAGAAAUAUCAACAAAAUCAAUUAAAACCAAAAGAUGUCAUCAAUGAAAUUAUUCGACGUGUGGAGAAUGAUCAAGAAAUGAAUAUUUGGAUUACACCACCAACAAUAACACGUCUUCAACCCUAUUUUGAUAGUCUGAAAAAAAUGAAUCCAAACGAUACACCAUUAUGGGGUAUACCAUUUGCUAUAAAAGAUAAUAUUGACUUAAUUAAUAUUUCAACAACAGCUGGUUGUCCUGAAUAUACGUACACACCAAACGAAAAUGCAACUGUUGUUCAACGUUUAAUUCAAGCUGGUGCUAUUCCAUUAGGUAAAACAAAUUUAGAUCAAUUUGCAACUGGACUUGUUGGUACUCGAAGUCCUUAUGGUGAAGUACAUAACGCUUUGAAAUCAGAAUUAAUUAGUGGUGGAUCAAGUUCUGGAUCAGCUGUGUCUGUUGCACGUGGUCAUGCCGUAUUUUCAUUGGGUACAGAUACAGCUGGUUCUGGACGUAUACCUGCCGGAUUAAAUCGUUUAAUUGGUUUAAAACCAUCAUUUGGUGCUUGGCCAAUAAAAGGUGUGGUUCCAGCUUGCCAAAGUUUAGAUUGUGUGACAGUAUUUACACAUGAACUUGAUGAUGCUAUAUUUAUUGACACGAUUGUACGUGGUAUUGACAAAACAGAUCCAUGGUCACGUGAUAUUAGACGUCAAUUAUCAUCUACAUUACCAGAAAAAAUUUAUUUCAUAAAUGAUCCACCAAUUGAAUUUUUCGGUCCUUAUGCCAGUGAAUACCAAAUAUCUUGGCAAAAAACAAUUGAAUAUAUUAAACAAUUAAAUAUACCUAUUGAAUAUAUUGACGGACAUUAUUUAGUGGAAGCAUCAUCUAUUUUAUAUGGUGGUCCUUGGAUAGCCGAACGUUGGUCAGAUUUAGGUGAAUUUAUUACAUGUCAACCGCCUAAUACUGUUUUUCCUGUAACAGAAAAAAUAUUACAUUCAGGUACGAAUUCUAAUCAUACUGCUGUAUCACUUUUUAAAGCUAUACAUCAAUUACAAAAAUUUAAACUUCGAGCACAUCAACAAUUAGAAAAUGCUGUUCUAAUUAUGCCAACAUCAGGUGGUACGUGGACGCGUGAACAAGUACGAGAAAAUCCCAUUCAGACAAAUAAUGAUAUGGGACGUUAUACAAAUCAUUGUAAUUUAUUAGAUUUAUGUGCUAUUGCUAUACCAUCAGAUGAUGCUGCCACGGAAGUACCAUUUGGUAUAACAUUAUUUUCGAAAUACGAUAAUGAACAUAUUGUAUUGAGUUUAGCUGAUUUGUUUUUAAAAUGUAAAUCCACGAUGACUAAGAUACCGAUAAAAGAACAACAAGAAACACCAACAACAACACUUGUUGUUGUAUGUGGUUUACAUAUGCGUGGUUUACCACUUGAAAAACAAAUGUUAGAAUAUAAAGCAAAAUUUAUUCGUGAAGAUGAAACAGCACCUUAUUAUAAACUAUAUAAAUUAGCAACAACACCGGCGAAACCAGGCUUAGUACGAACUAUAGAAGAUAAUAAUGAAGGUUCAUCGAUAAAAGUUGAAGUAUGGGAAAUGCCAUUAUCAUCAUUCGGUGCAUUUACAGCACAAAUUCCAUCACCAUUAGGUAUUGGUAAAAUAAUUUUAAAAGAUGGUAGUCAAGCACCAGGAUUCGUUUGUGAAUCAUAUGCAAUACAUAAUGCUGUCGAUAUUACACCUUUACGUAGCUGGCGUACGUUUCUUAAGGACAGUGUUAUAUAA